CUUGUGAAUGUGCUCCGGAUGGUGGGAAAUCAAGGUCUCUCUUUUUCUUCAGAUCACAACAUCGACUUUGUGGCGAUGGACGUGGCUGUGAACGCUGCUGCCGGGGCGCUGAAGGCUUUCUUUGCCGACCUGCCCGACCCGCUGAUCCCCUACAGCCUGCACCCGGAGCUGGUGGAGGCUGCAAAAAUCGUGGACUACAUCGAGCGUCUGCAGGUCUUGCGGGAGAUCGUGAAGAAGUUUCCCUCUGUCAACUACCAGGUCUUCAAAUACAUCAUCACACACCUCAACAGGGUGAGCCAGCACAGCAAGACCACCCUGAUGACGGCCGACAACCUGUCCAUCUGCUUCUGGCCCACGCUGAUGCGGCCCGACUUCGAGAACAAGGAGACGCUGUCCACCACCAAGCUGAACCAGGCCGUCAUCGAGUCCUUCAUCGUCCAGAGCGACUACUUCUUCCACGGCGGCGAGGUGGCCGAGAGCUCCAGCAGCGAGGGCACGCCGCCGCCGCACUGCCACAACAUGGUGGAGGCCCUGCUCCCGCUGCAGCUGCCGCCGCCCCUGCAGCCGCAGCAGAUCCAGCACACCCUGCACCCCGACCCGCUGAUCUGAGAGCCAGAGGAGCAUGCUGGGAAAUGAAGUCCGGGGCUGUCUGUGUGCGCCGCCAGGCAGCUUCUGGCCAACAAUUGCCGGGAGGUCAAACAAAACGCCGGUCGGCUGUUGAAAUAAAACAUAAAAAGACCUGGUUGGUGAAUUUUUGGGUUAUUCAGCAGCUGCUGUUUGUCAUCGACUUUGAGGUGAACGAGCUUCGGGGGUUUAGAGACACAUCAACCGUUUGUUGGAUUAAACCUAAUCUGUGAGAUCGGCUCAUCCCGCGAGGUAAAUCCCGGAUUAGAGAAUUACAAUCGGACGUCACCUUUUGGAACUAAUUUGUGGAUCUGACUGCCCCUUUUAGGAUACGAAGACUGAAAAUAGCUGAUGUGUGGACUGAUUUGAUUCGGCACAUAGUGACAACACUAACCGUUUAGCAGGGUCUGACUUGGACUCGUUAUAGAUUACCUUCCUCCUACCUUACCCUGACGGAAUAGCACACUGGGGUCCGUACCAAACCCCCCCUUAAACCCCGCCCCCCUUUUCCCUGCUCCCAGACAAAGAAAAGGGAAGUUAAAACUCAAAGAGUCCCCACGACUGCAAAUAUAAAACACCUGAUACCGACUGAGUCAUUAGAUAUUUGACGGACUGUUUGCACGCUGAGAUCUUCAGCACAGGAAAACAUUUCUUCUUCUUUUCUUCUUCUUCUUCUUCUUCUUUUGUCUUUUGUUGUUGCCCCUUUCACCCCAGAAACCGGUCAGUAAGUAAGAGGAACGUUUCAUUUCUGCACCAGGCGUCCAACAGCCUCACACACACAGAUUUAUGAACCUCGUGGAAAUAUGAGAAAGCGUGGAUUAUCUUAAGCCUCUGUUUUUAAAUACUAGGAGAGAAAAUGAAAUGACCCUCCUACCCACCACAUGAACUUUGACCCCUUAAAGGACAGCACAUGCACGAUCCGUGUCAAAAGUCCCAAAUGCCAAUUUCACGUUUGUUUGUGUAGUUUACAUUUUUAUCAUCUUUAUUUCUCUUGUUUUUAUUUUUAUAUAAUUUUUUUUGGUAACGUCUUAAUUUCAACCCUGUGUGUGUGCGUGAUGACGAUGGUGUGUGUGUGUGUGUGUGUGUGUGUGUGUGUAUCUGUGUCACAGCCAGUUAGAAACCUUCUCUGCUGAGGGAAGGGGGGGGGGGGAUCCAGGAAGGGAAAACAAAUUCAAAAUCCUUCCGGACUGACGGACUCGUGUAGCUCCGUACGUGAGAUCCAGACUUUACUACGAACCUUCAGCCUGUCUCGUCUCUUCUCUAACUCUUAACGCAACGACUGACGUCUCUCGUUCUGAAGGAGACGACCCCGACCCCUCGAUGAUGGCACAUGAGCGAGGAAACCACUACGUCGGGAUGCAUUCUGGAUUGGAUUUCAAGGAGGACGCCUCCCACUUUUUUGUCAUUUCAAUUUUAUUUUAUUUUUUUCUUCUGUUGGUUUGUUGGAAAAUUAAAAAAUUUGCAUGUCUCUGUUUUGCCACUUAGUGAAAAAAAGAAGAACUUUAAAGUAAAAAAAAAAAGAAAAAAAAAAAAAGAAAUGAAACUCAUUGAAACUCCGAAUGGAGCGUUUGAUCAGAUCGUUUUAUCUGAAUCUUUCUGGUUUGAGGGGAACAUUUCCACAGAGGGGGUUUCAUUUUCUUUUUGCAUUUGUUUCUUUUCUGUCAAGCAAGAAAUCAACUCUUAAUAUCAUAUUUUUGGUUAUAUGUCGAAUAGUUUUCCCUAAAUAGAGGAAAGAAGUAUAUAUAAGUAUAUAUAUAUAUAAAUAUAUAUAUAAAUUUAUCAGCAGCAGAGGUUCCGAUUUAGUGAAAUACCACGGGGUACUGGACUGUAUAAUCUGUCACAAGCUAUAAUCAUAUUUCUUUGUGGUUCUGAUGGCGUGACUGAAACCCAUCUUUAUUUUUCUGAUGGUGUGUAUGUGUGUGUGUAUAUAGAGGGGAGGGGGUUUGAUAACAGAUGGUUGAGUUUUAACUCCUCUUCGUCCCUCAUCGCUUAAACCUUGGCUCACCUUUGCCCCGGUUUGUCUCUUUCGUGUAUUUGUACACGUGCCGAGCGCCGUUUUCCCUGAAAGACAAAUCCCCCUCCCCCCGUGACGAUGUUCUGCAGGAGUCUUCACAAACACUCUUCUGUCCAUCUGGAUAAAAAUGAAAAAAAAUUCCAUCUGCUUUAUGAUAACAAAGAUUUUUAACCUGUUUUCCACGUUGGAACAAGGAUGAUAGUCGGAAAUGAUAACGCUUUAUUUUGCAGGUCUGAAUAAUUUCCGUAAAGUUUCCUGGAAAGAAUAUUUACUCAAGUGCUGUGCUUACAGCUUUGAGGUACUAUACUUGAGUAUUUCAUUUUAUACUUCUACUCCACUACAUGUCCGAGGGAAAUAUUGUAAUUUUAAGUAUAUUUAACUACUUUUAACAGCUGUACUUCUUUAAAAAAUCUUCCAGAUCUUUUAUUGCUAAUAGAGGAUGUUUUUGGGUACGUAGUGGUAUUGCUACUGUUACCUGACUAAAAAAUCUAAAUACUUCCACCUCUGGUAAUUUGGUACUAAUUAUAGGAAUAAUACACUCUGUUCAAUUAGCACACUUCUAAUCAAUUAAUUUCAGUUAAUUGCUUUCGUCACCCAGAGAACCUUUAAUCAGGACACAGCAGCUCAACAUGUGUCUACAGGCAAACAGUUCAACAUAUACAGAUGGUGAAGUGUUUAUUUGAGUUUUUAUUUUAAAUAAAUUUAGUUUCUCAUUUAAUAGUAUCACAUGACGCAGUUCUUUCCAGACAAUGUCCUAAGAAAAGUAUUUUGAAAGCGUUAUCGACUUAUUUUACUGCACUGUAUGACGUGAACCAAAAUUAAAAACUUAUAAUAGCAGCUGUAGAGUUUAUAUUACUGUGAUCUUUAUUAACUUGUAUAUUUAUACUCAAUAAUGUGUUUUAUUAUAAAGGGAGGUACUGUAUGUCACUCCAGGCAGCAGUUUUUGUUUCGAUGUCAGGCUAAAUGUCUCUUGAUUUUUAUUUUAAAUCAUCUGACGGGAGUAUUAUUCAAUCCAGAUGUACAGAAGAGAUUCUUUUAGUCUGAAAACAACUUCACACAACAACUGUGUAUUUCAUAAAAAACUGAUACUGGGCUCUGACCCGAGAGACACAAAGUGAAAAUACACACAUUUACUUUGUGGAGGUACUGAAUUAAAUAUUUAAAUAACUUGAAAGGGUCAGAUGGAGUCCUGAUUUCCACUGUGGAAACUUCAAAAGUCUUUUUUUUGGUCAACUGUUAUUCUGAACUUCAGUACUUUUUAAUUUAAAGACUUUUCUGGUGCAAAUUUCAGAGACAUAAAAAACAAGAUAAGACUCUUUAUACAGCAGCAAGAAAACACGAACUCUUUCAUGACCUUCCCCUCUGUCCUUUCUGCAGCCCGGUCAAGUUCAUUACCCCUUAAACUUAACUUUAAACGUCUUAUCAGCUGUCCAUCACACCCAGAAUGCAUUGCUCUUGCCAGCGGCUGUUUUGCGUUUAUGUUUGGUGCUACUAAGUAGAAAAUAUUGGGAGUGAAAGUGAAAUUGAGAGCAGCUGUUGUCACUUUAAAAAUGGUGUCAGCAGCCGCUAAGUUUCUUUUCCUUAACGUUCCCCCGACUGAACCAGAUAACUCCGAUUUAACUUUGGGAUUUUUCAGUUUUCACCCAGAUUGUUUCCAGCUUUCUCUAAGUGUUUCGUUGAGCGAUGGGGGAUGAAUCCAAUUAUACAAGAAUGUCGAACGGGGGGGGGUCCCAUUUCAGACGUGCGUCUCAUGUGUCCUCGCCGGAUGGUCAACUGUUUCCUACACGGCGUCACAAGACAUUUCUUGGUUGAGAUUGGAGCUUCUCUCUCUCUUUUUUUUAAUUUAUAUUUUGAUCGUUUUAAGUAAGUGAUUACGCGAAAAUACCAGAAAUUUGCUGCUUUUCAAUGCAAUAUUUGAGGGUUUUAGAUUGUUCGUCGGACAAAACAAGGUACUCCUACCGGAUAUUUUAGAAUGAAAACAAAACGUGAGCGGACACAAACUUUUAAAAGGGUAGGAAAGGAACGAAGCCAACAGCUCAGCAUAGAUUUUAAUUUGAGGGAAAAGGUCGUCCUGAAGGGAAAGAAAUGGAGCCAAAAGCCUGUCCUGAUUCUGAUUUAGCUGACUUUAAAGGGCACUUUGAAGGGGACACGUGUCUGGAAUGGAGACCUGCUGCAGACAAACGUCAUAAAUAAAUAUUCAGAGUGGAAGUAGCCAAAGCUCAUUUGAAGGUUUUAUGUUGUUGGACUGAAGAGGACAUUGAAGGGCACAUUGAAGGGAGCGAAUGGCGAGAGUGGAACAGAACCGGGGGGGGGGUUUCAACAGCUGCUAGAUACUAAAAGAUUAAAAGCUGUUCGUCUGUAGUUUUUCAUCAAUCAAUCAACUUUUUACUUUUAAGAUCUGUUCUCAUCCAGUCACACCGGUGUACAAACCAACUGACUUUUAACACCAUCCGCUGUGUAUCAUAGUAAAUAAAAAUGAUUUUCAGAAAUGAAAAAGCUCUAAAACAAGUUGUUUUUUUUCUGUUUUCUCUCCAUAAUGUUUCCAAAUAAAAGUUUCUUUUUUUU